AUGGCGCACCUCCUGAAGAAACCCCUAAAGCUCGCUCUCGUGCAGCUCGCAACAGGCGCCGACAAACCCGCCAACCUUGCCCGCGCCCGCUCCCGCGUCCUCGAAGCCUCCAAAGCUGGAGCCUCUCUGAUCGUCCUUCCAGAAUGCUUCAACUCCCCCUACGGCUGCCAGUACUUCCCCUCUUACGCGGAGACUCUCCAACCCUCCCCUCCCACCAAAGAGCAAUCCCCGAGCUUCCAUGCUCUCUCCGAGCUAGCCGUCGAGAGUAAGAGCUACCUGCUCGGUGGCAGUAUACCUGAAUAUGUGGAGACUACGAAGAAAUACCACAAUACUUCCCUGCUCUUCUCGCCCGAGGGAGACCUACUAGCCACGCACCGAAAGGUGCAUCUGUUCGACAUCGACAUCCCCGGCAAAAUCACCUUCAGAGAAUCAGACGUCCUCUCCCCCGGAAACAAAUUGACCCUCGUCGACAUCCCACCCUAUGGCAAAAUCGCCCUCGCAAUCUGCUACGACAUCCGCUUCCCCGAACUCGCCACCAUCGCCGCGCGCAAGGGCUGUUUCCUGCUCUUGUACCCCGGCGCUUUCAACCUGACGACCGGGGCGCUGCAUUGGGAGUUACAGGCGCGGGCGAGGGCGGUGGACAACCAGGUGUAUGUGGGCUUGUGCAGUCCGGCGAGGGAUAUGGAGGCGAGUUAUCAUGCUUGGGGACAUAGCAUGGUGGUGGAUCCGAAUGCGAGCGUGAUGUGUGAGGCGGGAGAGAAGGAGGAGAUUGUGUAUGCGGAGUUGACUGGGGAAAAGAUUGAGGAGACGAGGAAGGGGAUACCGGUUUAUACGCAGAGGAGGUUCGAUGUGUAUCCGGAUGUUAGUGAGGGGAGGAUCAAAUUUGAUGAGUGA